ACUUGAUAGGAUUCACAUUGCCGCCGUUGAAACUUGGGAGGGCGCGUAAAAGGAAGGGCACUUCUCUCUCCUCUACUGACAUUGGCGGUUUUCUACUCACUCACCUCCCCCAAUGGCCUCUCUUCGUUUUCGUCUCCGAAAUCUCCUUCUAUUCCCUUCCUCUAUACACCACCACACUACGCUGCUUUCAUCUUCUCUACACCACCAAGGGAUUUGCGGAAGCUCUCGAAGCUAUGGCGUUGUUGAUUCGCCCAAACAGUGUCGUUCGGACUCGGAACGCGAUGAAUUUCUUCCCGAUGUGGAGAUUGCAGCGCUCCGCCGCGAAUUCGAAUCUGCCAAACAGAGCUUUCAAAGGAUUCCCGAUGCCCUCAAAGAAAUGCCCAAAAUGAAUCCUAAAGGCAUAUAUGUGAAUAAGAACUUGAGAUUGGACAAAUUGCAAGUUUAUGGUUUUGACUACGAUUACACAUUGGCACAUUACUCAUCUGCCUUGCAGACUUUGAUAUAUGACUUGGCCAAGGAGUACAUGGUGAAUGAGCUUAGGUAUCCUGAGAUUUGCAUGGAAUUCAAGUAUGAUCCAAGUUUCCCCAUUCGAGGCUUAUACUAUGAUAAGUCUAAAGGGUGCCUAAUGAAGCUGGAUUUCUUCGGGUCAAUUGAGCCAGAUGGAUGUUAUUUUGGUCGACGCAGGCUAAGCCGAAGGGAAAUUCGUGAUGUAUAUGGAACACGACAUAUUGGUCGUGAUCAAGCUCGAUCACUUGUUGGUUUGAUGGAUUUCUUCUGCUUCAGUGAGGCAUGCCUCCUUGCAGAUAUAGUGCAAUACUUUGUUGAUGCCAAGCUAGAAUUUGAUGCUUCCUACAUAUAUGAAGACGUAAUUCGGGCAAUUGAUCAUGUCCACCGGAGUGGCCGGGUUCAUAGAGGAAUUCUCUCUGAUCCACAUAGAUACUUAGUUAAAAAUGGGACGAUGUUGAGUUUUCUUAAGAUGCUAAGGGAGAAGGGCAAGAAGCUUUUCUUGUUGACUAAUUCUCCUUAUUACUUUGUGGAUGGAGGAAUGCGUUUUAUGUUACAGGAUUCUAUGGAUUGUAGAGACUCCUGGAUGGAACUGUUUGAUGUUGUGAUUGCUAAGGCUAAUAAACCACAGUUUUAUACAUCUGAUCAUCCAUUCCGUUGUUAUGACAUGGAGAAGGACAAAUUAACUUUUACAAAAGUCGAGAAAUUUCUUCCAAACAAAAUAUAUUACCAUGGAUGCCUCAAAUCCUUUCUCCAAAUAACCAAGUGGAAGGGCCCAGAGGUGAUAUAUUUUGGAGAUCAUCUAUUUAGCGACCUGAGAGGUCCCUCAAAGGCAGGUUGGCGCACAGCUGCUAUCAUCCAUGAACUAGAGAAUGAAAUACGAAUACAGAAUGGAGAUAAUUACCGUUGGGAACAGGCCAAGUUUCAUAUAAUACAAGAAUUACUAGGUAAGUUGCAUGCAACUGCGGCUAAUAGUAUGAGAACCUCGUCUUGCAAUUUACUUCUGGAAGAACUUAAUGGGGAAAGGCAAAAAGCACGCAAUAUGAUGAAGACGAUGUUUAAUAAGUCUUUUGGAGCAACAUUCCUGACUAGUACAGGUCAGGAAUCUGCUUUUGCUUAUAACAUUCAUCAGUAUGCAGAUGUUUAUACCAGUAAGCCGGAGAAUUUUCUUCUCCAUUCAACUGAAGCUUGGCUUCAUGUUCCAUAUGAUGUCAAGAUUAUGCCUCAUCACGUGAAGAUUCCAUCAAGUUUGUUUAAAACCUGAUGAACUAGUCCUCAGAAUCAUUCAAACUGAGUGGCAUUCCGUGGUUCUACUAUCGCCGGUGUAAUGGCGGCGGCAAUUGAACUAGGUGUUCCAUUAUGGAGGUGCAAACAGGAGAUACUUGUUGCAGCAGUCACUUCCAUUCAGUUUAAUUCUUUUGUUCUUGAUUUCCCCAAUAUCUGGGCGUUGCUAACAAACUCGGGUACUAAACUAAACGGCCUGCUGAUGGGUGCUUCCUUUUUU